UUGAGUCAAGAAACUUGAGAGGCAGCUCAAGAUGAUGAUCAGCCUUUUCAAGCUUUUGACUCCGAGAACUUGCAAAUUGCAGCUCAGCUGUGCAGGUGGUGCAGCAGAAGGAGGCUCCAGUUGCUCCACAGGCUCCAGCUAGCAAGCAGGGAGUAGUAUAAGCUAGGAAGCUUGCCAGCAGCCUUGCGAACUGCAUGUAAGUUUUGUGUGGCUACUGCGUGGAGGAUUUGCGUAGAUUGCAUCACAAUGGGGAACAAUCAAUCCAGUCGCAUUGAAGAAGGCGAUCCUGAUAUCUCUGAGGCAGCCCCUGAUGAUCUCCCCAUCCUGAUUGCCCUGGAUGAAGAUGCAGCAGCGGUCCAGCAACGGGAUCACAAAGAAAGGAGGAGUCACUUGGGGUUUGGGGCAGCACUUGUUGCAGCAUCAAUUGGCGCGGCAUUUGUGUGGCAUCAAAAAGUGCAAAAGCAAAACCGGAAACAACAAGCUUCCUAUGUUGGCAACUUUGGAAAAGACAAGUCCAUCAAGAUCCGCUUUGAUUACACCCCCAGCGAGAUUGAAGCGGAGGCGAGGAAGCUCAUUGACCGGUCACAGAAAGUCCAUGACGCAGUGGCCUCCAUUCCUCUUGAAAAGGUGACGUACGCUUCCGUGAUUGAACCACUUUCCAGAAUAGAGGGUGAAGAGUACCACGUCCUCCAAGCGCUUACCUUUCCAGCUCACGUGUCAAGAAAGAAGCCUGUGAGAGAUGCGGCCAUUGCGGCUGAGACCAAGUUGAACGCGUAUGCCGUCAGGAGUAGCAUGCGACUGGACGUGUACCAACGGGUGAAGGCCUUCUCAGUGAAGGGGGAGGAACUGAGGACUGAAGAGCAGAGAUACGUGGACAGACUGGUGCGUGACUACGAGCGGCUGGGCCUCAAUCUCGAUGCGGCCACCCGGCAAAAAGUGGAGGCGCUCAAGACCCGCUGCGGAGAGCUGUCCAUCAACUUCCAAAGAAACUUGAACGAGGAGAACACGAUCCUGCACUUCACAGCAGACGAGCUGGCGGGCAUGCCCCACGACUUCGUCAAGGGUCUGAAGGCGGUGCCAGGCGAGGCCGGCAAGCUGGAAGUGACCCUGCGCUACCCGCAUGUGUUCCCACUGAUGAAGAUGUGCAAGGUUGGGGCAACGCGAAGAAAAGUCGAGUACGAGUUCAACAGGAGGUGUAUUUUUGAGAACGUGAAAAUCAUUGAGGAACUGAUUCGGCUCCGCCACGAGCUGGCCACGCUGCUGGGCUACCCCACGCAUGCCGCGUACGUGCUGGACGUGCGCAUGGCCAAGACCCCCGCCGCGGUCCGGAAGUUCCUGGAGGACGUGUCGGACAAGAUGACCUCGUUGGCGGACAAGGAGCUGCAGCAGCUGAAAGCGCUCAAGCGCGCGGAGGAGGGCGAGGCGGCGUUGAGCAUGGCGGACUUCCGGUACUACAUGCACCAACAGGAGGAGCGCCACUUCAAGAUCGACCACCAAAAAAUCAAGGAAUACUUCCCCAUGGACAAGGUGACAGAUGGCCUUCUCAAGAUCUACCAGCAACUGCUAGGGCUGCAGUUCACGGAGGUCUCCUCACCGCACACAUGGCACGAGGAGGUGCAGCUGUUCUGCGUGCACGACGCGGCGAGCGGCGAGAAGCUGGGCUACUUCUACCUGGACCUGUUUCCGCGCGAGGGCAAGUACGGCCACGCCGCCGUCUGGCCCCUGCAGAAAGGUUGCACCCGCAAGGACGGCUCCCGCCAGCUGCCGGUGGCGGGCAUGUUGGCCAACUUCAGCCGGCCCACUGCGGACAAGCCGUCGCUGCUCGCGCACAACGAGGUCGAAACGUACUUCCACGAGUUUGGCCACGUCAUGCACAACAUAUGCAGCCGUGUUGAGAUGGCUCGCUUUGCGGGGACGAGUGUCGAGCGGGACUUCGUGGAGGCUCCCAGCCAGAUGCUGGAGAACUGGUGCUGGGAGAAGGCGUCUCUGCGGUUGAUGAGCGGGCAUUACCGCGACGGAAGCCCGUUGCCGGAGUCUCUCCUGGACACGCUGAUCAGCACCAAGAAGGCGCACGCCGGCCUGCUCUGCAAGCGGCAGCUCUUCCUGGGGCUGCUCGACCAGACGGUGCACACGCGCGCACAGGCCGACACCGCGGCCGUCAUCCAGGAGCUGCAUCCCAAGGUGCUGGCGGGCAUCCCCGCGACGGCGGGCACCAACAUGCUGGCCUCCUUUGGCCACCUCGCGGGCGGCUACGACGCCAGCUACUACGGCUACAUGUGGAGCGAGGUGUUUUCUGCUGACAUGUUUGCGACCAAGUUCGCGAAGGACGUGCUCAGCCCGGCAGCCGGCAAGGAGUACCGGGACAAGAUUCUGCGGCCCGGAGGGUCCAUUGACGCUGCGGACAUGCUGUGGGACUUCCUCGGACGAGAACCCACCGAGGCAGCCUUCCUGGAGAGCAAGGGGGUCUAAACCCGGCCACGCACGGAAGGGCCGCGAGGCAAGAGUCACUAAGAAGUAGCUGGGUUGCCGUUGAAUCAGGGUUUGACAUGCGAGUAGUGCCGUGAAGAGUGGACUGCACCAUCAUUGCACGGAUGUAUAGUUCCGUUACAGCUUUGAGAAGUAAUAGAAGGGCCGUCGACCUUGAACGCUUUGUUGAAAGAUGCCCUUUAGACCUCCUAAACAUACUCUGAUUUGGAUAGAUAAAUACAAGCCGAUAUUCUGCGUUAAUAUGCAGAAGGGUCAUUGCAAACCACUUAACACGUUAGCAAUUUGAGAUAGGCCGUCAUGGAGUUUUCCAUUUUGAACGCCGCAUUUCCGGGCAAUGUUGCGUGCGGGAAUGGCGCUUAGCGCUUCUUAGCCGUAUAACUAAGGC